CGGAGCACGCCGGGAUGAUGGAGAAUUUCUCCGCUCUCUUCGGUGGGGCGGAGCCCCCUCAGUCCGCCGCAGCCACGGCGCUGGGCUUCGGGCCGGGGAAGGCCGGCGGGCCGGGGAGCGGAGCUGCCCCUGGGCCUGCGGGGGCGGCGGGGGCCGCCGGGGAAGAAGCGGCCCGCAAGGCGGCGGCGGCCGUCGGCCCUUUUUACCUCAUGCGCGAGUUGCCAGGCACCACUGAAUUAACAGGGAGCACCAACCUCAUCACCUACUAUAACCUGGAGCAUGCUUACAAGACGUUUUGUGGCAAAAAGGUGAAGGAGAAGCUCAGUAACUUCCUGCCUGAUCUGCCAGGGAUGAUAGAUCUGCCAGGUUCUCAUGACAACAGCAGCCUACGCUCUCUCAUUGAGAAGCCUCCCAUCUGUGGGAGCUCAUUCAACCCCAUCACUGGUACAAUGCUGACAGGCUUUCGUCUACAUGCAGGCCCGCUGCCAGAGCAGUGUCGUUUAAUGCACAUCCAACCACCUAAGAAAAAAAACAAGCACAAGCAUAAGCAAAGCCGUACCCAGGAUCCUGUCCCUCCAGAAACACCUUCAGAUUCUGAUCACAAGAAAAAGAAGAAGAAAAAAGAGGAUGAUCCUGAGCGAAAAAGAAAAAAGAAGGAGAAAAAGAAAAAAAAGAACCGGCAUAGCCCUGAGCACCCAGGUGUGGGCAGCUCUCAAGCCAGCAGCAGCAGCAGUCUCCGGUGAAGUCCUGCCAGAAAGUAGGAUGGGGAGAGUGCUCCAGGAAGGUACCGCAAGCUUGCUGAGAAAAGGACAAGUAAUGAUGGUGGAGCAACUGCUGAUUCAUAUACUUUCCCUUCACCUUGUGGAACAACAUGUAAAGGACAACUACUGGGUGGAACUUCUAGGACUCCACUGGUCUCUGUCUAGGGAACACACAGACUGCUUGGGACAUGAUGUAGACUGGUGUCUUUUGUCAGAGAGCCUUGCCCAUUGUUUCAGGGUUUGGGGGUCAUGUGGUACAAAAUGUUCCUGACUAAGUUGGGAUGCCUCUGUGUCAGACUUUAAUUAAAUCUCUGUUGGAAGAGAUGGUAAUGAUUUGAAGGAAUCCUGAGGGCUGCUUCCUCAUUUAUCGGGGGUUUUGUAAGUGGCUUCAUAAUCUUCUGCAGAUAAGUAAAUAAUUCCACGGAUGCAUUCUUAUUAAUGGGGCAUGGCUUCUAUCUUACUCCUGGAUAGGAUAAUAACCUGAUUGCUCUAAGCGGCUCUCUCUGAAUGGAGUAUGGCAGGAGAAGGCAGCACAUUGAUAAAGACAAUGGUGGAUUUCAUCUCCCAGGGAUUAAGCUUGCUGGAUAGAUAGAAGAGCUGCUCUUGCCUUCAGAAACCAAGUGGAGGUCCACUAGACUUGUCCUGUUGUGCUCUGUGUUGCCCUGCUUAUGUAUGAGUUGCUUACCAAAGGACUUCAUAGAAUAAUUUUCCUUGGCAUAACUACGGGUGCAAAUUUUAAGAUGAUCAGUUUAGGGGAGAGAGAUUAAAUCAGGGUGAUCCUGUGGAACCACUUUUAGCAUGGAACAUUUGGUAAGCUCUAGCUGCUUAUGCAAAUGCCCUUCAUUGACUAUAGCCAAGUGCAGCAAUUCAGGUGACAAGUUGGAGUGUAAAAAGUCUGGUGUGGCGCUUAUGCUAGAUUUCAAGGGUGGCUGGGGUUCUCCCCCUUAAGAGAAUAGUCAGUGUCCAAACACUUGGAAAUUUUAUAUGAAGCUCAUAAAGCCUGAGAAUGUAGAGAUAAGUAAUGAUUGGACUAGAUUCAGGUAGGUGGCCAUGUUGGUCUGAAGCCACAGAACACAUUUGGAGUCCAGUCAGGCACCUUUAAG